CGAAAAGCAGCCGCUAGAGCUUUACCUCCUAAAACCUCAAGGAUUCAAAAUUUGGACUGCACUCGUCAUCAACUCGCAAGCCUUGGAAUAGGUGCGGGUACUGAGGACUGAAUCGAGCCAACAACCCGUAUAAUCAUGGUGCGGCUGAAACACAGAUACCUCCUCGUCAACAUCCUCUAUCCCCCGACGUCCUCCAGUGCUGUGCCCGGUGCCAAACCCCGAGCUCUGGGGAAGGAUGCGCCAGAUACCCAAUUCCAUUUACAGGUCUGCCGGCCUACACCUGACGGCCUGACAGCGCAACUGUUGGCUAGAAUGAUAAGGGAGACGGUAAGUGAUAUGUUUGGAGACUGGGGCAUGGGAAGACUUGGAGGAGCGGGUGCAGGGAGUGUUAGCGUUAAAUAUCUCUCGCCGGCCACAUCCACAGCGAUAAUCCGGUGCCCGCGUGCUAGCUACCGGCUCGUUUGGGCGGCGCUUACAUAUAUGUCACGGUUACCAGAACCAAAAGAGAAAAGGCCCGGAAUUGGCAAAUCUGCGUUUCCAAGAGAUAGCUCUUUUAAGGCCCAAGAACAGCAGCUGGAUUGUGUCUUCCGGGUCGUGCGGGUAUCUGGGACGAUGAAAAAGGCGGAGCAAGAAGCAAUUCGGAGAGCGAGGUUGGAGGUUGUGAGGUUAUCGAAGAAAUGGGAGGAAGAAGGGAAGGAUGUUCUCCAAGAGAUGUUUCCAAGCGGCGCCCUCAAAGAACAUCGGAUGGGAAUAGGUGUCGAAAGUGAUGAGGAUGAAGAUGAAGAUAGCGAUGGAUAAGUCACCAGGCUAUUGUGAAUCUCUACAAGAGCUCCUUCGGCUGUACCGAACGCAUAUCCACCCGCCCUAUCGAUUGCCUGCAGGAGACUCAUCAUGCUAUGCUUAUCUUCCACCGCGAGUGUCUCAAAAGCAACGAGCCCGAAGUCCUGUACCACCUCGACGAUCGCUUUGUUCAAAGCAUCAAACUUGGAGCUGGCUAAAAACGGAGCUUCCUCUUUCAAAUGAGGAAUCAGAUAGGAAAGAUCUUGGACUUCGGUAUAGAAGUCUAGGUUAAACGGGAGAGGGGGGUAAUUCGAGAGGUUGUCGAUCUUGGUGAGGACGUUUAGAUGUGGCAGAUCCAUUUGCAGCAUUGCCCGAAGGCAUAGCAACAAUGCCGAAAUGUACAUUGAUGGGAGGGUUAGAUUAUACGAGUCGACGA